AUUUUCAGUUCAUAUUGUGCGGUUAGGUGCUACUGAUGCCAAAACUUUGUUUGAAAUUAGAGGAUGUGCUGGUAGAAAUUAAAAAAAAAAACAGAAAUAGAUUUAGCCAGAGGGACAUAAGACAGUGUCCAGGUAGCACAGGAUAGGAAGUACUACACCGAAGAUGAACGUGCCCAAUGAUAUUUUCGUGUGGAUUUUGUGUGGACUUAAUACUACAAAUUAUAGUGAUAUUUGUGACAAUCGAACUGAUGCAGCUAAUGAUACUGUAGUGAUAUAUCCUUUGGAAACACGACCAGAGACAUAUUUUGUGCCCGUCAUCUUUUUUGUGAUAUUCGUUGUUGGAGUGUUGGGCAAUGGGACGCUUGUGAUGAUAUUUGUGAGACAUAAACACAUGAGAAAUGUACCUAACACAUAUAUUUUUUCAUUAGCCUUAGCAGACUUGCUGGUCGUCAUCACUAGUGUUCCCUUCACUUCUAUCAUCUACACUAUGGAAAGCUGGCCAUGGGGAUUAUUAGUCUGCAAGAUUUCAGAGACUACCAAAGACUUAUCUGUAGCAGUGUCCGUGUUUACUUUAACAGCUCUAUCGGCUGACAGAUUUUUUGCCAUCGUUGACCCGCUCAAGAAGUUCCAUGCCACGGGUGGCACCAGAAGUGCAAAAAGGAUCACUAUAGGAUCAACAGUGGUGAUCUGGAUCCUAUCAUUACUAUUCGCCCUCCCAGCUUCUGUGGGAUCCCACAUCAAACCCUUACCUGACGAGAAAAAUCCUCUAUUUUAUGUUUGCUACCCCUUUCCCAGCGAAUGGCUGAACGACAACUACGCCAAAGUGAUGGUCCUGUUAAAAUUUUUUGUUCUGUACCUGAUACCGCUUAUCAUCAUAGCGAUAUUUUACUUAGGGAUGGCAGUUUCGUUGAUUACUAGUACCAAGAAUAUGCCGGGAGAAAUCCAGGGAAUUGAGAAGCAGAUAAAAGCAAGGAAAAAAGUAGCAGUAACAGUACUUAUCUUCGUAGCAGUUUUUGCCGUAUGCUUUGCUCCUAUUCACAUUUUUAUGCUAUUCUUUUAUCUCCAUCCUGACUCUCAGGAAUUGUACAAUGAUUUCUGGCACUAUUUACGAAUCACAGGAUUUUGUUUGGCUUAUAUGAACUACUGUGCCAAUCCAGUGGCACUUUACUUCGUGAGUGGAGCAUUUAAGAAGUAUUUUAAUCAAUAUUUAUUUUGCAAGAAGAAGCCGACGAGGUCGAGGAGGAGCACUUAUCCCCAUCAGCACACGUCAAUUUCGCUAUUAUCUGUGAAACGGAAUCAGGUUAGUAUUAGCAGGAAUGACAAGCAGGCGUCAAUAAACCGUUCGCCUGAUGCGUUGGCGAUGCAGGAGACCACAAUUGCACUGUUGGAUAACGGAAAUGCCAGCGAACGCAGCCAUUCGUGUAACAAAAUUCGGUAGCACGGGAAAUUUGAUAAAAUGAAGACAGUAUUACAAAGAGAAGACGCCAAUUACGGGUAUUAUUUGUUAUAAUUGAAUUAUUUUAACUUCAUCUAUCACGUGAUCAAUAAUAGUAAUUAUUGAAUUAUUUUAUAUAAGCAGUCGAACCCGCUUAUUGGAAUAACCUUCGUGGCAAACAAAACUAUUAUGACAGUCAAUGGGAGCAAGGAUAGGAUAUUACCUCCGAAGGCUACCAUUGAGCGGCCGUGGGUAACGGCAUAAACGCUGGCCUCAUACGCCAGUAGACGUGGGUUCGAUCCCUGCCAAAGACAAACCAUUUUCAUUUCCAAUAAUGACACGAGCCGUCUCACCGUGCCUCGGAGAGUACGUUAAGCCGUCGGUCCCCCUGGGCUAGUGUACAUCGACACUAGUUACUUGAAACAGGGUUAAAUAUGUAAUUGGCGCUGGAACUAUCCGAAACGAUCUCCCCGGCAAAAAUGCCAUACGAUAUUAUUAUUACCUCCGAAUUCUACCCUACUGUAUGGAUUUUAAUAAAAUUUUGGGAAUAGCCUCUAUUUAUUUCCUGAUUUAAAGUCUACCUUAUGCCGAUGUGUACUUUUAUCUUGGGGGUGGUUCCUACGCCGCCUCGGGGGUGGAAAAUUUUUUAAAUAAAAUAUCCACGGAAGUGGCUAGAGCAGCUGAUUCUAAGCAAAAACUGUUCUAUAAUUGUUUUCUGAAAACUCAAUACUUUUUAAGUUAUUCGUAGUUGAAAAUUAGCCAUUUUUAUUGAAACAACACCUUUUCGAACAGUUUUUUGAGAAUACCUGAAAAACUAUGCAUCUAACUAAAAAAGCUAUAUAAAACAUUUUGUAGCUUAUAAAAAAGCAAAGAGACUCGUUCCUUCCUAAAUCUUUUACUGAUAACACAAAAAGAAAUAUGGUAGGUGAAAAGGGUUUAUUCUUUUGGGGCAUGCUCAAAUGGGUGUAUUCAACUUGAAAUAACAGAGAAAAGGUCGAUUUUAGAUGUAUAAUGCUACCAAUACCUUUUGUGGUACUUGAAGAGAAAAUGAGCAAUAAUAAAGGUAGAUUACAUUGUAACUAAGUGAGAUAUGCAGCAAGAAAAAUUGAUGACUAAUGUAUUUUAUAAAAAAAUGAGAAGCAUAUUUAACCGCCAUCCACCAGAAUGUAAAUGCAUCGUUUUCCUUCUACAAUACCUUGUACUAUAGUAUUAUUUCUAUGUUCAAAAACUUGGACGGGUUUAAAAUGAAUGGUUUUUGAAAAAAAAAUAAGAUCAAACUAUUGUAACGGGUAGUUCUUCUAAGGACGACAGACUCAGUAAAACACAAGUUAAAAAUAAAGUAAAUAUACCAAAGAUAAUUAUAUACAGUUUAAAACAAAUAAAAUAAAAUAUAACUCCGUCUUCUGCAAAGGAAAAACAAUAUUAAACUUUCUUACAGAUAUCCGAUGAUAAUAGCAACAUUAAAACAAUACGAUAAACAGUAUAUUUAUAUACAAUAACAAUCUCGUUACGUCAAAUCAACAUAGUCCUAUAUUCCAAUCCGGAGAUCAUUCCUCGCUACUACCGUACACUGCGAUAACGGUCAUGGCAAGACUCCACGUCACUACUGUGGCGCCCGCCUAGGCAUAGUCCCACCUCACAUACGGUGCAUCUAUUACCAAGCCAGCUAAUGCUCGUUCAAUACGCGAGCAGCAGCUGUUGAGCCAUGGUUAGUUCAAUUCGCUGGCCGUGACUGAUUUUCUCAUUCUCCUAGCUCGCCUUAAAUAUGCUCUGGAUCCCCUUUCCUUCGGUUUCCCUCAGUGGUGCUAUGCGCCAACGCUGACACUCCUCCGGUCGUCUCUGGUAAGGCAGCUCAUCGCUUGUCGAGGUAUCAUAUCGUUACACUAUAGAGCACAUAUUUAAUUUUUUUUAAAUCCUCUUUUUCUCCAUGUAACUUGAAAAUAAUAAGAGAUACAGUAAUUAAGAAUAAGAACGAAAUUUUUAUUUAAAAAAGUCUACAUUUUUGUGGGAUAUCUUUUUUUCUUACCUCUUAUCAUUUUCGAGUUACAUGGAGAAAAGGAAGAUUUUUAAGAAAAUUUAAAAAUGCGCUCUAUAACUUGAUCUUAUUUUUUUCAAAAACCAUUUAUUUUAAACCCGUCCAACUUUUUGAACAUAGAAAUAACAUUAUAUUAAAACGUAUUGUGGAAGGAAAAUGACGUAUUUAAAUUCUGGUGGAUAAGGUGUUAAAUAUACUUCUUAUUUCUUCUUAUAUUAGUCAUCAAAUUCUUGCAGCAUAUCUCGCUUAGUUUGAAUGUAAUCGAUAUUUACUAUCGCUCAUUUUAACGGACUUUUCAAGUACUACAAAAGGUAUUAGUAUCAUUAUACACCUAAAAUCGACCGUUUUUCUGUUAUUUUAAGUUGAAUAGACCGAUUUGAGCAUGAACCAAAAAAAAAACAAACUCUUCUCACCUACCAUAUCUCUUUUUGUAUUAUACCUAGAAGAUAUAGGAAGGAACGAAUCUCUUUGUUUUUAUAUGCUACAAAAAUAUUUUAUAUAUAUAUUUUUUUUUGUUAGAUGCAUAGUUUUUAAGGUAUUCGCAACACACUGUACGCAAAUGUGUAAUUUUUCGAUGAAAAUGGACAAUUUUGAACCAUGCAUAGGCAACUCAAAAAGUAUUGAGUUUUCGAAAAAAAAAAUUAUAGAACAGUUUUUAUUUAGAAUUAGGUAUUUUAGCCACUUCCGUGGCUAUUUUAACCAAAAAAAAUUCACCCCCGAGAAGGGGUGGAAACCACCCCCAAGAUGAAAGCGCACAUCGGCAUAGGGUAGACUUUAUUCCUUGAGCUAUUCCCUACUUACUGUGAAAAUAUCAAAUAAAUUGAUGUAGUAGGAUGAAGUUCGGAGCCAAAUACCCUCAUUGACUGCCCUAUAUUCUUAUAACCGGGAUAUUCCAAUAACCGAUCAUUAGUGGCUAGUAGAAAUACACACAACCCAACUUAUAGGGAAUCACCUACUAUUUCUUAUUAUUUCUAGCGAAUUUAAAAAACCAACACACAAGGUAAAACAAUUUUUUUUUAAAGAAAUGUAAUCAUAAUCAUCAAUACCUAAAAAUAAACGACAUAAUAAAAUCUUAAACUAAUAAAUUCUUUUAGACUACGUUUUCAAUCUAAUAGCACAUAAAAUAAUAUUAAAAAUCAUACAGAAGUAAAAAACUUCGUUUGUACAAUGGUAUAAAAAAGUUUAUUAAAAACUAUUAAAAGUCAUCCAAAAGGAUUUGCAAAACGUUUUCAAUCUAAAUUAGAUCAUCUUCAGUGCGUUCUGCCUAGUACAUGGAACUAGAAACCUUAUGAAAUAGGUAACAUCGAGAAAUAUGGUUUACAUGAUAACUAUAUAAUAUUUGUAGCGACUCCAAGUCGAUGUUAAAAGAUUAAAUGUGUUAGGAGUGCUCAAAGGGCAACAUGGUUCCCUGCUCGAUAAAGAAUCGUGGUUCUUGCCAGUUCAAUGGACACAGACCAACCAAAAAUAUUAAAAAUAUUACUCUACAUCCCAAUAGAUCGAAAAUAAUGGACACCUUCUCUGGUUACACCUCCGAGCCUUCUAAAAUUUGCAAGCCAUAACGGAUGCUGAGAUUAAAGAAGAUGAGGGAAUUUUACAAUUUAUAAUUCACGUCCCUUAUGUAAAUAAAAAAUGAAUAACCAUUUUCAAUUUCGUUGCAACACGAAACUACAGCUGCAUUAUAUUCUAGUUCAAUCAGAGACUGCAGCAUGCACCUCUACAGGUUUCGAAACUUAUUAGUCUCUCAUCAGGGUGCACCUAUGGUGCUCUCUCUAAUACAAACCAGGACAAACCUCUGAGGUGUAACCAGAGAAGGUUCCCACUCUUUUCAAUCUGGUGGGAUGUGGAGUAAUAUUUUAAUAUUAUUUUAUGCGCUAUUAUAUUGAAAACUUAGUCUUUUGCUAGCAGUUCCCGCUAGGGCAUUCCUGCCAUUUCGUUCGUUGCAAUCCCUUAUUGCACGCCGAGGUUUGUCCUAGUUGGAUCAGAGAGAGCAGUAUAUGUGCGUCCUGAUGAGAGACUAAUAAGUUUCCAAACCGGUAGAGGUGCUUGUUGCACUCUCUGAUUGAACUAGAAUAUAAUGCGGCUGUAAAGAGCAGCUUCAUCCCGGUGAGCUCUAAUUUUUCUUUUAAGCAUAUCGCACAAACGCUCUGUAGGGUUAAUGUCGGAUGAGUCAGUAGGUCACUCUCUAGAACAGUGAUUUUUCUGCUUCAAUGAGCUUUAAUAAUUGACGCUUUAAAACUGGAAGGUGCAGACACCUUCAUAUACCUAGGCUCGCUAUUGACUAAAUACAACAACAAUAGGAAUAAUAAUUAGGGCUAAGAUACGAAGCAGAAAUAUGGUCACACAUAAAAUUUACUAAGAACUGCUUAAAAGUUGCACGGAUAAAAGAACACGGUUUGUGGCGCGUUGCAGCUUUGAGUUGUAUACAAGUUUUGGAGAACCUAUUGUUGUAAAAUUCACCAAGGGAGCAUGCUUUGGAUGGAUAUCUCAUAAAAUCAGACAGAGAAAGACCCAUAAACAUUUUGACUAGAGAGGGCCUUAGCUAUCAAGACAACAUAAAGGCCGAUUUAAAAUCGGAGUUAGAGCAUGCACAAGAGUUGCCAGAGGCUGAUUGGAGGAUUAUUAGAAAGAAGACUUUGGCUCAUAAUUAACAGUGAUGCCACUGAUGACGUUUGAGGGUUGAAUGUUGCGUUAUGGUGCGGGUUAAGUCCAAGGAUGAUUAUAAUAGAGUAUAAGUCAGAUAUACGGACUUUCACUAAACAGUAAGGAAACAAAAUGUAUGAUUAUCUCUAAGAACAAACAGCAAUUUGGACGAAUCAGUGUGAAUGAUCAACAAAUAGAAAGAGUAAAAAUAUGUACCUACCUUGGUACGAACGUCAAUAAAAAUUGGGACCAUUCUAUAGAAAUCAAAUGUAGGAUAGAGAAAGCAAGAUCAUGCAUUUCAAAAAAUGGCAUAGUUGUUCAAAUGUCAUGAUUUGUCGAUAUCCAUAAAAGUCAGAUUACUACGAUAUUAUAUCUUUAAUAUACUGUUGUACGGAGUUAGGUCGUGGACUCUCACAGACGCCACCUGCAAGAAAAUUGAGGCUUCUGAGAUGUGGCUUUAUCGUCGAAUCCUGAAGGUAUCUUAUACCGGCCACAUUACUAAUGAGGGUGUUGUGCUGAGAAUGCAAAAAGGAAAAAAAACUGUUAAUAAAAAUAAAAACAGCCAAAAUCGAAUACCUCGGUCACAUCAUGAGGAACAGUGAAAUAUAUGGACUGCUGCAACUGGUCUUACAGGGAAAAGUAGAGGGAAAGCGAGGACCAGGAAGGCGAAGGAUUUCGUGACUGAAAAAUCUACGUAGGUGGUUCAACACAACCACUACAAAUCUUUUCAGAGCAGCAGUGUGCAAAGUACAGAUUGCCAUGAUGGUCGCCAACAUCCGAAACGGAUAGGCACUAAAAGAAGAUGAUUAUAAUCAUAGGUGUAUGGAUAAAAUCUGACUGAUGGUAUUAGUUCUUUAUUUUUUGAUAGGCUGGCUGGACAAAUCGAUUUUUAAUUGUUAUUAAAUUGGGAAAUUUUUCGACAUUCCUUUAUACGCAGGUUUUUUGGAUUAUCCUUAAUUUUGGCUGCAUAUUAUGGUAGGUUAAGAUCUACAAAUAUUAUAAGAUUGAUGUCACAGAAUGGGUUUUGUGGAUCACUGUGUUUAGUUCUGUUUAUUAAAAAAGUAAAAUCAAAACUGUAAAUAUUUUAUCUGGAUCUGUAUCUUGGUUAUAAGUAAUUAGAUAUACCUACAUUAAGAAAUAUGAUUUAGAACCACCUCGGUUUUCCCAAUCUACCCUUAAUAUAGCCCCUUUGUACAGUGACUCUCUCUGUAAAAUAAAUAUAUUGUUCCAGACAAAGUCAAAAGAAAGAAAUGUUGCUGUUACAUAUAAAAUAAUAAUGUUCAUUCUUGAAAUUUGUAAGUCUUUAAUUACAGAACAAAAGAAUCACGUGAUAGAUAACUUGAAAUAAGUCGAUUAUAUUAUGUGAUAAUUGUGUCCUUUACGGGAUAUUUUAUCAGCUAGCUCUUUUUUGAAAAGGGUCUCAAUAAUUAAUUUCAGUAAUAGUAUGAAAUAUAAUUGAUGCAAGUAUUAUUAGCUUACUGAUGUAAAUAUUUUUAUAAAAUUUAUUUUUAUAUUAAAAAUAUAGAUGAAUAAAA